CAUCCAAUAAACAAUAAAUUUUAUUUUUUGGGUGUUUGCAGUAGGGUUUAGUAGUGACGUUCGUCUCUCUCAUUUUCCUUCCCUCUUGCGCAGAAUCCGAAAAGGCUCUCUGCUUAAAUUUUUUUUUUCCACGGAAAAACCUCUCCGGAAUUUAUAGCUGACCCGAUUUUUUUUUUUUUUAACAUGGAAGCAACGGUGAUUAGUUGCUCGGAAUUGAGAAUCGAAGCAACAACGGGGGAGUGUUCGGAUCUUGGAAACGGGUCAUCGGCUUCUGCUUCUUCCGGUGGUCACCUUUCUGAGAGAAAGAUCAAGUUCCAUCCAGCAAGGAAGCCGUUUAAUGGGUUUAAAAGUUGUAGAGGUGGGGAUUUUAGAAUCGAGACGCUAAACCCUGGUUCGGAUCCGAAGAGGGUAAAUGGGGUGGGAUUUGGUCAAGUGGGUACAGGAACGAAGGUUGAUGGGACGGAUAUGUGGGAGAAUGGGUUAGAUCCAAUUCUUAGUUUGAGGAUUAGUUUUCGUAAAAUUGGUGCUGGUUUACAGAAUCUUGGAAACACUUGCUUUCUUAAUUCGGUAUUGCAAUGUCUGACAUACACAGAACCUUUAGUAGCUUACCUACAAAGUGGCAAGCAUCAAAAUUCUUGUCGUGUUGCUGGAUUUUGUGCCUUAUGUGCUAUCCAGAAACAUGUUAGCCGUGCUCUACAAUCAACUGGGAGAAUAUUGGCACCAAAUGAUCUGGUCUCAAACCUACGAUGCAUAUCUCGAAACUUCCGAAAUUCUCGACAGGAGGAUGCACAUGAGUACAUGGUAAACCUGCUGGAAUCCAUGCACAAGUGCUGCUUACCUUCAGGAGUACCAAGUGAAUCCCCUAGUGCUUAUGAGAAGAGUUUAGUGCACAAGAUCUUUGGUGGCCGCCUUCGUAGUCAGGUGAAAUGCAUGCAGUGUUCUUACUGCUCCAAUACAUUUGAUCCCUUCCUAGAUUUAAGUCUGGAAAUAGUUAAGGCAGAUUCAAUGCAUAGAGCACUUAAAAACUUCACUGCUGCGGAGCUUUUAGAUGGAGGGGAGAGGCAGUAUCAUUGCCAACGCUGCAAGCAGAAGGUUAGGGCAAUGAAACAGCUCACAGUUUACGAUGCACCUCAUGUGCUUACAAUCCAUUUAAAGAGAUUUCGAGCACAUGAUUUUGGGCAAAAGAUUGACAGGAAAGUUGUAUUUGGUCCGACCUUAGACAUGAAGCCUUUUGUCAGUGGUUCCAAUGAAGGAGAUUUGAACUACACUCUUUACGGCGUUUUGGUUCAUUGUGGAUGGAGCACUCAUUCUGGCCACUACUACUGUUUUGUUCGCACAUCAAGUGGCAUGUGGUACUCCCUUGAUGACAACAGGGUUGUCCAGGUCAGUGAGAGGACUGUUUUGGAGCAGAAAGCUUACAUGUUGUUUUAUGUUCGUGACAGAAGAAAUAAUGCUCCAAGAAAACCUAUUGAUAUUCUUCAGAGAGAGAACUUAAAAGCAAAUGUGAAUGGAAAAUCCAUUUUUAAUCAAAAUCUUAAGGAACAUGUGCAAACUGGUCCAGUUGAGAAUAAAUUAUGUGCUGCAGGCAAUUCUGCUGCUAUGCCUCAAAAGGAUGCCUUUAAUGGUGGCUUAGCAAAGGAGCCAAUCAUGAAGGAAGUGCCUUCUCAGCAAAACACUGUGCAGCUAAUGGCAGAAAGCUCAGUGCUUAAGAAGGACUCAUCACAAGCAUCUGCUUCAAACCUAGUUCAUGGUAAAAACUUGCAACCAUCAGUGCCUUCUGUGGUUGGCAAUGUUAAGAUUUCUAAUAUUGAAAAUUCAGCUGUUACUGCUGUUGCCAAAGAUAGUGACUCCAAUGAGAGUGGAAAAACUGAAAAGGAAUUUGGAGUCACAAUGACGAUAUCACCCAAUUGUGGUGGUUUCCAGAACUCUGUCGCUGAUAAGGUUGCGACUAAAGAGACUUUGCAGAAGAUUAAUCUUGCUUCAAACAUUGACGUUUCAAUUACUGUUGCAAUAGAAGAUUUGAUACAGGAAGCAGUGAAGAAAGUUCCUGGUGAAAAUCCAUCUACGAGUACUACUAAUGAAAUAUCUAAGAAGAUUCAUGCCAUUAGGUCUCCAAAUAAGCCAAACUGUGACAGUAGUGAGAUUGGAGAUGUUUCUAACCAUAGUACCUGUGAUAAGUCACUGAACGAGAAGAGAGAUGAUAUUAGCCUAAAAAUUAGGUCUGAAUCCCCUUCGAACAUGCCAAAUGGAUCUUUGGAGACUGAAGCACCUGAAUAUGCACCCUGUAGAAAAUCAAAGAAGAAGCAUCUGAAGCGCCAGCUUAACAACAUGCAUAUGGGCUUAAAAUUAAAAUUUUUCAGGGCAUCUCUACACAUGCACAGCAGGAAGAAACAUAAAAGGACUAAGAAAUCAACAUUAAAGGCUCACAUUCUUUGUAAAGAAAGUUUGUUGGGCAAGGAUUGUUUUCCCUCAGAUCUGGGGCCAUCUACAUCUGAGAAAUCCAGCACAAUCAGUUUAGGUUCAAUUCAUCAUGGGAGGAAAAAGGCAGCCAAUGAUGCUAUGAAAAAUGUUAACAAUAGUGCCACCUCCUUGAUGAAUACUAUAGAUGGAGAAUUUAAAGAGAGGAUUUUUGAGAAUGUUACUAUUCUUGCAACUGAUCAACAGGUAGAAAGGAGUUCUGGCUCAGUCUUAGAAGCAAACCGGCUUAACUCAAGAGAAACUGAUUCUUUGAAAGAUAGCAAAACGGGUGCAUCUCCGCAUAGGCAUGUGCUUACCCAAGGUCUGGGGGAGACAACAGUUGCAAGAUGGGAUGAUAAGGACUUCUCCUCACCUGCUCUGACCGUAGAAGCUAAUGGUAUGGAAAGUAUCAAAAUUGGUUAUGUUCUGGAUGAAUGGGAUGAAGAAUACGACCGUGGUAAGAGGAAGAAGAUAAGGCACCAAAAGCACAACUUUGGUGGUCCAAACCCUUUCCAACAAAUUGCCACUAAGAGAACACGGUUAAAGAAGGCGAAGUUGGACCAUUCUAACUCUGGAAAUGGACCAUUCAGGAUAUGAAGUACUAAGCCAUAUCAAAUUGGAGCAAUUUUGACCUGUUUGUCUGCUGUUAUAUUUUAUGUAGUUAUCGUUGUUGUCUUGUUGCCUGAGCAACAUGGUAUUUUGUAACCAGGAGAGUGAUUAAAGUGGAGAAAAAAGAACAUUAAAAAAA